UGUAGGCGGCACCCACAACAGCACUUGGCAGGUGCGCAUAGGCUGACAUACCGUACUUUGGAAGACAAUAAGUGGAAAGUUUUUUUUCUGACUUACAGAACUUUCUUAACCAACCGCUGGAUAGAUGGAGUUUGCUAGUGACUUCAUAUUUCUGCCUCCUUUGAAAUCAACUUGGUGCUCUGGCUAUGACAACGUAAACAGUGGGCAGCAGUACCAGGAGAAGAAGCAUCAAACACCGGGAAAACUUCAGAAGUAUUCCAAUUUGCCAAACUCAGACACUUUGUCAACUCAUGAUUCUUCUAUUUGUGAGGAUGCACUACAGUCUUUUCCUGUUAACACCCAUACACAGAACAGUUCCCCCUACUGUUUGACUCAACAUCCAGGUGAAUCUGAACAGAUAUAUGAUACAGUGAAAGAGCCUCUUUCUGUAUAUGACAAAGUAGAAGAACAGACUGAAUAUGACUUACCUGAAGGGCUUGAACACAAAUGUUUGCCAAAACAAACACCUGAAAAAGGCCUUUCUCCAACUUUACAGCAAGGACAAUCUACAAAUGACCAUCGUCAGAAACAGCCUGCUGCUGCCACACAAGGUGGGCCUCCUCCUCUCCCACCAAGACCUCCAUCUAUGAUAAACAAAUGUCACUACUACACAGAGGUACUGUCAGAAGAGCCUAUCAGCACCUGUAUGAACACUCAGGCACCUGUUCCUCAGAGUGCACCUUUGCUGGGAAAUGUGAACAUCCUUCUGGUUAAUUUAGGCAAAAUGGUUGAUACCACCACUAGCAUUCCCAUAAGUGGAGAGCCCUCCUACUGCUCGGCCUGUAGAGCUGCACUUGAACUGAAAGACAAUUCUCUCAAGGCAAGUGAAUGCAUGUUUUGUUGUAAUUCAGCUUAUCAAGUGAAAAGGGAACCAUUUGCAGCAGUAGACCAACUGUUCAUGAUGACCCCCAACUUUGAAGUUCAGUCUUUCAUUGGUGAUUCAAUUAUCGUCUUUUGUGUGGACAUUUCAGGGUCAAUGAGUGUCACAUCCAAGGUUCCUGAAGGGGGUAAAACCCUUUAUAUGUCUCGGCUGCAGGCAGUUCAGGAAGCAGUAACCCAGUCUCUCAGUUAUCUUGACAAUGCAGCCCCAUUUAAGCGAGUGGCAUUGGUAUCCUUCAAUCACAAGGUUACUGUUUAUGGUGAUGGAAGCAGUUUCCCACAGGUGGUAGAGGACUUUGAACUUGUGGAUAGCGACCACCUUCGCAAUAUUGGUCUCUCCCAGCCUCUCCCUGGAUCUGUGAAACAUGCUAAGAUGCAGCUGAAGGAUGCUGUGUACAGGUUAAAUGAGAGUGGAUCCACAGCGCUUGGUCCUGCUGCUCUUAUCUCUAUAGCAUUGGCUUCACAAAGACCUGGAUCAAAGGUCAUAAUAUGUACAGAUGGAAAAGCCAACACUGAUCUUGGCAACCUGGAAGAUGUUUGCUCUGAAGAACUAGAGGCAUCCAAACAGUUCUACAACCAGCUGGCAGAGUAUGCUAGGCAGCAAGGGGUGGUGGUUUCUGUGCUGACCUUCCUAGGGACAGAUUGCAGCCUCUCAGAAAUUGGAAAGUUGGCUGACUGCACUGGUGGAAAGGUGAAUACAGUGCAGCCAGGUAGCCUCUAUGAUGAAAUCCAAAACAUUCUUGAAGAUCAAGUACUAGCUACAAAUGUUGAGACUACAUGUAUUCUUCCUCCUGGCAUGUAUUUUAAGCAUGAAGAUAACAAGGACAGCACUUUGUUACGGACAGUGGGCAAUGUGACCAGGGACACAGAAAUCACAUUUGAGUUUGGGACCACAGAAGAAAUGUAUCAGGCCAUCCUUUCAAUGUCCCCCAUUCCCGUGCAACUGCAAGUUAAGUUCAGCCUAACAGGUGGAAAAGCGGGAGUCCGAGUUCUUACUGUAUACAGACCAGUCACUACAGACAGUGCUGUGGUAGAAAGUUCCAUAUCUCUCCCAGUACUACAAGUCCACUCUUCCCAGCUUAGUGCACGUCUUGCAAUGGAUGGCAAAUUUGAAGAAGCUCAAAGAGAAGCAGUUAGCCACAAAGCUGUGAUUGAGGCAGUUCUGGCAAAGCAGGAGAAUUCCACUGAACCUGCAGUCUAUCAAGAAUGGGUGGAUGCCAUGUCACCUAUGUAUGGAAACCUUCAUGAUUAUGUACAGCCAAAUCAAAGAACAAUACCUGGAAAAGAAUCCAAGUUAAAGUCCUUCACUGAUGAGAUUGCCAGUCUCAUGUUUCAACUGAAGAAUGCAAAGAAGAAAAUGAUGAAGAAGAGGAAUGAAGUGGAGAAGGCUAAUCUUUUUAAUCCCCAAACAAAGAGCUAAGCAGUCAUAUCUUGAAGGUUACUUUUUCAGUUUGUCUAUCUACAAUAUCCUGAACUUUCCUAAUUUAAUCUUUGAAAAUAACAGAAUACUCAACAAAUACUUUCUCUGUUUGUCAAACAGUAUGUACUUUUUCAGAAAUAACUUUCGGAUUGCACUCAGCUACUUCUGAAGUGCAGUUUGAGUCAGUGUCCUAUUUAUGUGUUGUUUUAGGUUACUGUCAAUAAAAUUGUGUCUCUGUG